AUGGGUUGGUUCGAUGGUAGAUCCACCGGAGUUUCGUCGACAGGAUAUGUGCGGCGCCGGUCCUCACCCACACCUAGCGGUCACAGCACACGCAGCAGACGCAGCAAAUCGGGCUACUCGUCCACACACCAGUCGCGACACUCAGCGCCAUCCUUCUUCGGCGGACUAGGCGGACUAGGCGGAAGCCGAACAGGGGGCCGAUCAAGCCCAUCUGUGUUCUCGUCAUUCUCGUCGUCGUCGCGACGGGCCCGUCCUCGCGAGGGAUUCGUUCAGCGCAUGCUCCGCGACAUCAAGCGUCUGUUCCGCGAUAUCUAUCGCUGGGCCCGUCGCAACCCUAUGAAGGUCUUUAUGAUGGUCAUCGUGCCUCUUCUGACUAGCGGUGUUCUACCGAAGCUACUGGCUAUGAUUGGCAUUCGCUUGCCGCAUGCUAUUACCAGUGCCCUUGGUGGAGCGUCGAAGACUAGUGGUGGUAUGGGUGGCGGCGGUGGUAGGGGUAUGUCGGAGAACAUUAGCAGUCUCAUGAACAUUGCCAAGAUGUUUGCGUAG